AUGGAUGACCUUUAUGACGAGUUUGGCAACUUCAUUGGCGAAGUCGAGGAAUCCGAUGAUGAAAGUCAACAUGGCGUCGAUGCCGCAGCAUACGUAUACGAUGAAGACGCAGAGGAGGAGCCGGAAGCUACGGGCCAGGAGCUCAUGGAGGUUGAUACUGAAGGACCUUCGAACGCGGUAGUGCUCCACGAAGAUAAGCAAUACUAUCCUACGGCGCAACAGGUGUACGGGGAAGAUGUCGAGACUAUGGUACAGGAGGAGGAUGCCCAGCCUCUGACCCAACCUAUAAUUGCGCCUGUCGAGGUGAAGAAGUUCACGAUCCAAGAAGCCGACCUGCCACCCGUCCAUUUUGACCGCGGUUUCAUGACGGACCUUAUGAAUUAUCCCGAGCAGACUCGAAAUAUCGCAUUUGCAGGCCAUCUACAUCAUGGCAAAACUGCAUUAAUGGACAUGCUGGUGCUCGAGACCCAUGAUAUUACCGACCGCCUAGAGAAGAGGACUGGCAGGAAAAGGGACGAGCAAUUGCGAUACACCGACAUACAUGUCUUGGAACGCGAGAGAGGGAUAUCAAUAAAAUCGGCGCCAAUGAGUUUAGUACUCCAAAGCACACAAGGAAAAUCUCAUCUCCUCAAUAUACUGGAUACCCCGGGGCAUGUCAAUUUUGUCGAUGAAGUUGCGGCAUCAUUGCGAUUGGUGGACGGGGUUGUGCUAGUUGUCGAUGUUGUUGAGGGUGUGCAAGUCAAUACGGAGCAGAUCAUCAAGCAUGCGGUUUUGGAAGGCCUACCGUUAGCCCUUGUGGUCAACAAGAUGGAUCGAUUGAUUUUAGAGCUCAAGCUCCCCCCUUCGGACGCAUAUUUCAAGCUCAAACAUGUUAUUGAGGAGGUCAACACUAUGAUUGAAAAUGUCCUUCCUGGGCAAGGCGAAAAGAGAAGGUUGAGCCCCGAAAAAGGCAACGUGCUUUUCGCAUGUAGUAGUAUGGGCUGGUCCUUUACUCUACAAUCAUUCGCCAAGAUGUAUGCGAAUAGCUAUCCUCCAAAGUCAAACGGAACUCCUGGAAUCAACGCCCACGAAUUCGCACAACGAUUAUGGGGAGACAUCUUCUUCAACCCGAAAAAACGUUCUUUCACGCGCAAAGCUAUCGAGGAGCGUGCGAGGCGCUCUUUUGUGCACUUUGUGCUCGAGCCUAUCUACAAGCUAUACUCACAUACUCUCAGCGAGAGCCCCGAAGAUUUGAAGGGAACUCUUGCGACCCUUGGGAUAACUCUCAAACCAUCUCAGUACAAGACGGACGCUAAGGUGCUCUUGAAGCUUGUCUGCGAGCAGUUUUUUGGACCGUCAAGCGGGUUUGUUGAUAUGGUUGUGGAACAUAUUCCUUCGCCAGUCGAAUCAGCUGAGCAUAAGCUUCAACGGUAUUAUACAGGGCCUCUGGAUACCGGUGUGGCUAAAGCUAUAAGAGACUGCGAUCAAGAUGGGCCUUUGGUCAUUCAAGUCUCGAAACUAUUUAAUACCAGCGAUGCCAAAGGUUUCUACUCGUUUGGACGGGUCAUGAGCGGCACUGCGCGUCCAGGCUCGCAAGUGAGAGUUCUUGGAGAAGGGUACUCGAUUGAUGACGAGGAAGAUAUGAGCAUGGCAACCAUAUCAGAUGUGUGGAUAGCUGAGACACGCUACAACAUUCCCACCGAUGGUGUUCCGGCUGGCAACUGGGUGUUAUUAGGAGGCGUGGACAACUCCAUAGUCAAGUCUGCGACAUUGGUACCACCUACCCUACCCAACGAUGAGGACGCCUACAUCUUCAAACCUAUUACCCAUUUCACGGAAUCGGUAUUCAAGGUGGCGGUUGAGCCUAUCAAUCCUUCAGAGCUUCCCAAGAUGUUGGACGGUCUUCGCAAGGUCAACAAGAGUUAUCCUCUUCUCGUAACCAAGGUUGAAGAAUCCGGCGAGCACAUCAUCCUCGGGACAGGAGAGCUGUACAUGGACUGCGUUCUUCACGAUUUGCGCCGGCUGUACGCCGAGAUGGAAGUCAAGGUGUCCGAUCCCGUUACCCGUUUCUGCGAGACUGUGGUGGAGACGUCCGCAAUAAAAUGCUACGCCCAAACGCCGAACAAGAAGAACAAGAUCACAAUGGUUGCCGAGCCGCUAGACCAAGGCAUUGCGGAGGAUAUUGAGAGUGGUAAAGUCAGCAUCCGAAGCCCUAACCGAACCAUCGGCAAGUUCUUCGAAGAGAAUUAUGGCUGGGAUUUGCUCGCUUCUCGAAGCAUCUGGGCGUUUGGACCCGACGACCUGGGACCCAAUAUCCUGCAGGACGACACUUUGCCUUCAGAAGUGGAUAAGAAACUGCUGAUGAGUGUCCGGGACUCAAUACGUCAGGGUUUCAGCUGGGCAGCGAGAGAAGGGCCCCUGUGUGAAGAGCCUAUCCGCAACACCAAAUUUAAGAUUAUGGACGUCGCAUUGGCGCCCGAAGCCAUCUUUCGCGGGGGCGGCCAGAUCAUCCCUACGUCCCGCCGCGCCUGCUACUCCUCGUUCCUCAUGGCAUCCCCACGCCUCAUGGAGCCGGUCUUCUCCUGCUCCAUGACGGGCCCUGCAGACUCCGUGACAUCGCUCUACACCGUGCUCGCCCGCCGGCGUGGUCAUGUUCUCUCUGACGGCCCAAUUGCCGGCACGCCGCUGUACCGGGUCAGUGGGCUGAUCCCUGUUAUCGACUCGUUCGGUUUCGAGACCGACUUGCGCAUUCACACCCAAGGCCAAGCCGCCCUCAGCCUAGUCUUCGACCGCUGGAGCAUCGUGCCUGGCGACCCCCUGGAUAAAGAUGUCAUCUUGCGACCGUUGGAGCCGGCAAGUGCCCAGGCGACGGCGAGGGACUUUGUGCUGAAGACCAGGCGGAGAAAGGGUCUCAGUGAGGAUGUGAGCGUUGCGAAGUUCCUCGAGCCCGAGCUAUUCUCCAGCUUGAAGGAGAGCGGGCUUCUAGAUGGAGCGUGA